AAAGUAGAAUCUGGUGCAUUAUAAAAUGCCAAAAAAUGAUGAAGCAAAAGUAUCGACAAUUUUUAAAUGUGACCACAAAGAUGAAUUUGAUAAAAAAGGUUAGCCAGGAGAAAAUUGUAGAAAUAAUUAUUUGAACACAAAGUUAAAGAAGAAUCGAAAAAAAAAUCAAUUGUAAUCACUCCACAACAAUUAAAAUUUACCUUUUUUCGAACGAAUAUGAAAACGCAACAGAAAAUAGUGCAAAUAACGAAUUACUCAUCUAAACCUUGUCCUCUUUUAAUUUCUCCUCCGGGAACUUGUUAUUUUAAAAUUACUUCAAAAACUCUUAAGGAAUGGUUGAAUCCAGGUUACAGUUUCGAAUUAAAAAUUCGUUUCAUACCCGAUGAAAUUCGACAUUAUCACGAUUCGAUAAAAAUCCAAGAAUUUGAGAAAAGAUAUUCUAUUUUAAAAUUAUCAGCAGCACCUUCAUGUGAAAUUAAUUAUCCAAAAACUGUGGACUUUGGAAAAGUUCCUUUGGCUGCCACCGUUUCUUAUAAGAUACCAAUUCACUCUGAUCCCAUGAAAAAAAUUUCUUUCGCUGUUUUUCCUUUGUCAGAAAUCCAAUGUUGCCUGCAUAUCUAUCCUCUAUAUGGAUCUUUGAAGCCAGGACAAAAUCCUAUUUUUCUUAAUGUCGAAUACCAAGCAUUGCGGUACAUCACUGCAACAUUCCAAAUUCAAUUAUUUAUACCCGAAAUAUGUAAAUCGCCUUUUCUGAUAAAUUUUAUCGCUUACACUUAUCCUGGUCUUCAACGAGAGAAGUUAGAAGAAGUGAUUGAAGUACCUCUUGAGAAUCAGAAAGAGCCCAAGAAGACAAAUUCUGUGUCGGAGCCCAUUAAAUUAGAGAAUAAAAUUACUUCGACUUCUUUACAUUUUUCUCAACAAAAAAAGGAAAAGAAAAAAAUUCAGAAUUAUGAAUAUAAAUUAUUCAAAAAGUUGGGAAAAAUACCCGCAUUUUCCUUGCAUGGAGUAAAUUUGAUUAUGAAUGCUCGUUUAAAAAAGGUACACGAUGAAUUCGAAUUACGAGGACCUCUUAGUAUGUACAAAUGUGAUACAAUGAAGGAAAAAAUGAACCACCAAAAUGAAUUUUUGCAUAAAUCUGAACAACUCUUAAAACUGAAUGAAAAUGCAAGAAAUAACCACAAGCCGAAAUUAGGUGAAAGUUUGUCCGAUUCCUAUAACGAAAAGUUUGAUUCGAUUCUUGCAAAACGAAAGCAACAUUCCUUUGAAUACAAAAAUAAACUUAUAACAACAACGAAAGAAGAAUUGCUUCAGAGGCCAAAAGUUAUUAAAAUCAGACAGCGAACCCUCAGAUCUUGUACCGAAAAUUUUGAGAAAAUCACCACACACCAGUUAAGCUGUGAUUGGUUUUUACGUUACACUAUUAUUGCUCAUUUUAUCCAAGCUGCAAGAAUUAUAAUUUUGAAAAAUCGUUUGAAAAAAGUUUUAAGUCUUCUGAGAAAAUUGACCCCGGAAAUCGUCGAACGAAUUGAGAAGUUGAUUGACAAGGAAAGAAAUUGAAAUAUGAAGGACAGAAGAAAAAAAAGAAAAAAAUA